AUGAAAGCUUCAGUGAAGCUUCGAGAGGAGCAGGGAAAGGCACCACUGCUGCGUUUCAAGCUUCCGAUCAGGGUACUCAGCCUCCCCUUCAACACCGCCGUCUCCGUCUCCUCCUCUUCCGCUCCCUCUGAUGUCUCCUUCGAUCUUAAGUCCGCCCUCCCCUUCGGCCCUUCCCUCAAGCUCUCCUACUGCCCCUCUCCCUCCGAUCCCUUUUCCCUCUCCCUAUCCUCCGGCAUCGGCGUUCUCGGUUCCCCUUUUGACUCCCCUCUUGUCCUCUCUGCCCGCUUCUCCCCCAUCGCUCCCGUCUCCUUCUCCCUCACCCUCAAGCCACGCCUUGGUGACUUCUCUUUGAAAACCACCGCAAUCUCUAACCCUAACGCUAGCCCUAACCCUAAGGAGAAUGGCGGCGGGGUUUAUCACCCGAUCCCAGUUCCCCCGCGGGAGCGGACUGGAUUGGAGGAUUUGCUCGCCUCCGGUGUGGUCGCCGUGGCAAGGACCUCCAUCCCAUUCGGUCGUCGCGCGGCGGUGCGGCUACGGUGGGGGGUGAACAUGCCGAAGCCGGAGGCGGUCGGGUGGGGGAGAUUGCCAUACUUGACCGUCGAUAAGAUCAGUAUUGAAGCCGGUGAGAGAAAUGAGAAUGAAGAGGAGAAGAAGAAAAUCAAGGAGAAGAAUGAUUUGGAUGCAAAUGCAACGAGUGGGAUGGUGUAUUGGAUGGGGAGGGAAGUGGAGGAGUUGCAGAAGGAGAACAGAAUGAUCAAGGAGAACGUUGAAGAGCUUAAAAAAAAGGUUUUUGAGAGGAGAGUGGGAAAGGUGGAGCCUUUCCGGGGAGAUUUUGAUGUUAAAAGAAAGAAUCCAAGUGCCGCCAUUGCUAAGGAAAUUGAGAAGGAGACAAAAGAAGAAGCCUUUUGUUGCCAGGUCCAACACUCCUCCAUGAUCCUGGUUUAG